AUGGCAAACGCAAAGAAGGACGACGUCUUCGAACUGGGCACUCAAGGAGAAGGAAAGGCAAACGCUGCUCAAAUUGAAACGAUCGAGACGAUCGAAAACAAUGUCGGAGGCAAAGAUAAGGCUGCUUUGUUGUUGAAGGCGGCGGGACACUCGGUGGUUGUCACUCCAGAAGAAAACAAACGUAUCUUGAGGAGGAUAGAUUGGCACAUCCUACCGAUCGUCCUGUUCAUCUACUGCCUGCAGGCCCUCGAUAAAUCCGCACUGAGCUAUGCAUCAGUGUUCGGCAUCGUCGAAGAUCUGAGCCUGGUAGGACAUGAGUACAGCUGGUCAAGCGCCAUUGUCUACGUUGCACAGCUCGUUUGCCAACCAGCUAUCGCAUAUUUCCUGGUCAAGUUGCCGAUAGGAAAGUUUUGCGGAAUCAUGGUAUUCUGCUGGGGAGCGACGCUAUGCGGGAUGACUGCGGCAACUGACUUUGGCGGUCUCAUGGCCUCAAGAUUCGUUUUGGGAGCUUUCGAGGCCAGUGUAGCUCCUACUUUCAUUGCUCUGGUCCAAAUGUGGUAUCGUCGUGGCGAGCAGACUAACCGCAACGCUGCGUGGUAUUCCAUGCUCGGAGUCGUCAACAUCUUCGGAAGUCUCCUGUGUUAUGGCCUGGCCAAAAUCAAUACCAACGUUUUCCGGCCUUAUCAGAUUAUCUUCCUGUUCUGCGGCUGCCUGACUGUGGCAUUUUCUUUCGUGGUGUUUUUGUUUCUGCCUGAUUCGCCGAUGCGAGCGAAGUUCCUGAGCGAAGACGAUAAGUUGCUGGCAAUUGAGCGGCUACGCAUGAACAACAUGGGUGUUUCCUCCGGCGUCUGGCGGUGGGACCACGUCCGAGAGUGUGUCUUUGAUAUCAAGACAUGGAUUUGGUUUGCAUUACUGACGGCAGUUUCCAUCCCGAGUGGUGGUAUAUCCACGUUUGGUCCGCUGAUUGUAAGGUCAUUUGUCGAUGAUCCAUUCACAACCAUUCUGUUCAAUAUGCCCUUCGGUGCGGUGCAGAUUGCGGCAACACUUGGGGGCGCAUGGGCUGCGACUCGUUGGAAGGCAAAGUCUCCCGUUCUGGCAGUGCUCUGCAUCCCACCAAUCAUCGGGAUCUCGAUUCUGUUGAAGGUGGAAAGGGCUCCAGCCAACAGAGGCCUUCUGCUUUUCGGAUACUACAUCAUCUCCACCUAUCCGGCAAUCAGUCCACUCAUCUACAGCUGGUCUGGACAGAACACGGCCGGAGACACCAAGAGAAAAGUGACCACAGGAAUCCUCUUCAUCGGCGCGUCGGCGGGCAACAUCCUCGGACCUAAUCUUUACACGACAGAUGAAGCUCCACGGUAUCUACGCGGUCUGAUCAGCAACUUGGUCCUCUUUGUGGCGAUUAUAAUUCUCGCUGGCAUCGGAGCCGCGUAUAUCCGAUUCCUGAAUGCAAAACACGCCAGCGCGAGAGAAAGACUGGGCAAGUCGGCGACGGUUGUCGAUUACUCAAUGGCCAGCAGCAAGGUCUUGGCGGAGCAUGAGGAAGCCGCCCAAGGUGGUGACAAGGCCUUUGACGAUGUUACGGACUUGCUGAACGAGGACUUUGUCUAUGUGUAUUAG